GCCUAACAGUGCGAUUCCCACCGCGUUCCGAGUUCAGAGUUAUUCGCUUAACAUGGGCGAUAUCGACGAAAGCGGUUAUGAAUUAUCUCGAGUUCAGGCGGAACUCGACCACGAGAAAGAAGUCAAAGAGAUGCUGGAGGAUUCUGUCUCGGACCUGAGAAGCACUUUGGCCGAUUUGGAGCAGCGGCUGCGCAGCGUGGAGGGAGAAGGGAAUGAAUGGAGAACCAGAUAUGAGACCCAGCUGGAGCUGAACGGGCAGCUGGAGAGGCAAAUUGGGGCUGUGCAGGCGAGACUUGAAGGCCUUUGUGGAAAUCCCACAGAUCGACUGGCUUCCGUUCGGUCAUAUGAUGAAAUGACUGUGGAUGCUUUAACACACAGACUCCAACUUCUGAGCACAGAGAAGACCAGCCUACGGAGCCAACUGCUCGAAUGCCGCCUGAGGAUUGAGCAGGAGGGAAAGGCGUACCAGAAGGCCUAUGAUGAGAGACGGGUUUAUCUUUCAGAGAUUGCAAAGGUGUCCUCUGCCUUUGAUCUGACCAGAAAACAGCACCUGGCUCAGCCUCAGAAAGCUGCGCAGAGUCCAGAGAAGAGAGUUCAGGGGGCUGUGCAGCGUGACUGGGAAGGUAGAAGAGGUCCAGCAAGAACAGAUGUCACGCAGAGCCGACUGCCGAGAUUAAAGCGCUGAUACAAGAGGCUGCCUGCCAAACAAACCCAAAAAACGAUGACAGCACAUUAUACAUCAUGUUGAGAAUCAAGAUCAAGAAGACCAACGUUCCUCCAGCCACAUGCAACUCCCAGUAAAGUCAUGUUUUGUUGGCUUUAUAGGUAAAAAUAAUGCGUCCUUUACAGAGAACAAACUUCAAUGGGAUGUUUUUCUGCUCAUUUUAGUGCACGAUUUCUCUGCGGUCUCUGUAGAGGAUGUGUUAACAUGUAACCUGUGUUUACAGAACCAAGCAAUACAAGUGAACAAGAUGGGCUACACAAAGUGCAGCUAAACAAACCAACUUACUGUACAAUAAAGACGUAACAGUGCAAAACUGGGCUCAAAACCUCACAACAAUUGUAACACAGUAAAAUAGACAUGCAGGACAAGACAGAAUGAGCCACACGGUAAGAUGUGUAAAAACAUGAGUUGUGUAAAUAUUGCAGCUUUAUAUAAACUGCAAGAGCAGGAUUAGCGUCAUGCAGGUGAAGGGGAAACCAGUUGACAGCAUAAAUAGCAGCAUAGUGCACUAAUCAGUAGUCAGUAGUCAUUGGGUGAUGGAUGUCAAGUCAAGCCAAGUCAAAGUUUAUUUAUAUGGCGCUUUGUACAGCUGGUGAUGUCACAAAGCAGCUUUGCAGAAAAAUCCGGGUCCGAGCCCCCAUGAGCGUCACCAAGGGCGAC